GCUAUAGUCAUACUGAAAGUGAAAGCAGAUAAAACUCUCCUCAAAGCCUUUCCUUCAUGCUUCGCGUGCCAGUUUUCUCGUCGUUCUGUUCAUUUGAAGAGCAUUUACACAAGUAAACAUGUCUUCAGUGAUUAGGCAAUUUACUGUGCUUUCUCUCUUCAUCCUUGCUGUGAGGCCAGAUGGAGAAUUGUUGGAUCUGAAAUGCCAACCCACAGUUGGUAUUGUGGCGCAGACAACAGACAUCAGAUGUCAAUACAAAACCAAUGGGGAUACCAUUAUAAAUGGAGUUUUCUUAAAGAAAUCAACAGAGGAAAAUUUUAUUUUUCAAAUGUAUGGAAAUAAGAUAUAUGGAGAUAAACGAUUUAGUCUUGAAAACCCAACAAACGAUCCAUCUUUGAAAAUCUCUGACACAAUGUUUUCUGAUGAGGGUAAUUAUGAUUACCGUGUUGUAACAGACAGAGGUGAACAAACGGUACAGCUUUCCAUUACUGUCACAGCCAAAUACAGUGCUCCCGUCACCGGCACAUUGCCUGUAACUCUAAAAAAUGGAAGACUCGCUGACCUUUACUGCAAUGCCACUGAUGGCUUCCCAGGAGGCUUCAUCCACUGGUUUGACAAACAUAAAACUAACUGGACCAUUAACUCAGACCUGACCAAAGUCCCAAAAGACACCAAUGGCAGGAAAUCUGUGGCUUUGUCUAGUAAACUGACUUUUAAGUCUAUCGACGUGGACCUGGCACCGUUUAGAUGCGUUGUGUUGAACAGCAAAUAUGAGGAAGAUGGAGAAAGCAGAAUACUAUUUGACAAAUCUGCUAGAAGUGAUGAACCUAAAGUUUUGGAACCUAAUACAACAAAGAUUAUUGCUGGUGUGAUGGUCAUUGGAUCUCUUAUUGUUGGUCUACUGUUUGCUCUGUUGUUUUUCCGAAGAAAAAGAAGUUUUCACAUUUUGAACACAGAUCGUAGACGAUCUUCUGCCCAACCUUUUUUAAGGGACUAUGACUCUGCGAAAACUGCAGAAGAUGAUUCAGAAAAACCAUGAAAAGAGCAGCAGGACUGAGCAUUGAGGCUCCACUAUCAUCAGAUGAAAUUGAAACUAAGCCCUUAUUUUCAUACUGAGGUCAGCACAGCUGCCAUUUGAAUGAAAGUGAAGUGAAGUCAUAAAGGAAAUGGCAGCUGCUUCAGAUGCUUUUUAUAUUAUGGGAUGAUACAUAAUGUAAUGUCAUACCUUUAAGACUAAAAAGACAAAUUACUAACAAAUGCAGUUCACCCCUACAAUAAAAAAUAAGGUCUGUAGCUCCACACUGAAAAUGUAAGGAAAUAUUUUGUGAAAUUGUAUUUUUAUGUCUGUCAGAAGUCAUCUGAAAUGAAAUAAAUGUUAAUGACUUUUAAAACAGACUUUAAAAAAACAAAUUUGAUGUUAUUACUGUUUUGUUUCUGAAGAGUUUAUAGUCACAUAGUCAUACACAUUUAUACCACAGACAAAGGCUACAAGAACACACACUCACAUACAACUACAUGUAAUUACUGUAUGUUUGUGAUGCUGCCAUUAGAUCACUUGUCACAAAUUCUUCAACAUAAUGAUUACUGUUGUUUUGUACAUUUGUAGAUCUUUGUAAUUCAAAAGUGAAAACAAUAACUGCAUAAUUUGUAUUGUGGUGAUGGUUUCAAUAGGGACAGUAACUGUGUAACUGUAACUGUGUGCCAAUUACAAAUUGUGGCUUUAAGGGUAUGAAUGUUUGUAUAAUUUCUUCAUUCUGAUCUUGAAUCUUUUAAUCCUUUGUAAAAGGUAACCAAGAACAGGUCAUCAGAGAAUAAUACAUUAUUAUUGGGAUGUUUUGUUAUCACUUUGAAUCUUUAAGCAUUUUCAUCUUUAAGCCUUUCAAGUAUUUAUGUUAUGUGUUUAUACUUCAAUAAAAGAAAAGAAAAACA